GGAACGCUUGGACGUGCUUACUUCCGGCGAGGAAGUGUUGCGAAGUGUAGGCUUCGGUUUUCUCUCCGUUUUUAGGAAGAAACCUAUCUUCCCAACCUUGGCUGCGGGAGCUUGGUCUUCCAGGAGAGCUCCCCGGGACUGGUGCCUUGAGAAAAGAGAAUGGGCUUUAUAUCCAGACUGGGAUCCUGUGUCUAACCUUGACCGGGCGUUUUCCGUGUCUAUGGGGUCAGGGGUGAUUCAGAGGAAUAUAGGUCCCAAUCUUUACUUAUAACUCAGCUUCUCUUUGGGACCAAUGAAGUUUCUUGUUGGUCCAUCGUGCUCUUGUGGCAUGAAGGACAGGACUCGUUCUGACUACUAUAAUAUUUUUGACCCCUGUUUUAAGUUUGGCCCGUAGAGAAAAUGAGAGACUGCGUCUGGACUACUUAGUAUAGAUUGCACGCUAGUGAAACUGCCCUUCAGAAGAUCUUAAAGAACAGAAACCAGAUUUGAUCUGUGUGACACAGCUAACCUGGAGAGACGUCCCUCUGCGUUGGAAUGAUAAUGACAGAAUCUGGGGAAGUUAUAGACUUAGACCCUCCCGCUGAGACUUCACAGGAGCAAGAAGACCUGCUAAUAGUGAAGGUGGAAGAAGAAGACUGUACCUGGAUGCAAGAGUACAACCCUCCAAUGUUUGAGACUUUUUACCAGCGCUUCAGGCACUUCCAGUACCAUGAGGCAUCAGGUCCCCGGGAGGCCCUGAGCCAGCUCCGGGUGCUGUGCUGUGAGUGGCUGAGGCCUGAGCUGCACACCAAGGAGCAGAUCCUAGAGCUGCUGGUGCUGGAGCAGUUCCUGACCAUCCUACCAGAAGAGUUCCAGACCUGGGUGAGAGAGCAUCAUCCAGAAAGUGGGGAAGAGGCUGUGGCUGUGGUAGAAAAUAUACAGAGAGAACUAGAGGAACGCCGACAACAGAUUGUGGUGUGUCCCGAAGUGCUUCCUCAGAAGAUGGUACCACCUGGAGUUGUGCAGGAAUCCCUCAGCCACCAGCUCCUGUCCAUGGACCCCCCGUCUGAACAGGAGCCACAGAAGCCUCAUCUUCUGGAGGAAAAUGCCCUACCUGCUCUCCAAGUUCCUCCCCUUCCCCUGAAGGACAGCCAGGAGCUGACAGCCUCACUUCUCUCAGCUGGGUCCCAGAAGUUGGUGAAAAUUGAAGAUGUGGCUGAUGUGGCUGUAUCCUUCAUCCUGGAGGAAUGGGGACAUUUGGACCAGUCUCAGAAGUCCCUCUAUAGGGAUGACAGGAAGGAGAAUUAUGGGAGUAUUCCUUCCAUGGAUUAUGAGUCGAGGAAUGACAACGUGGAACUCAUAGUAAAGCAGAUUUCUGAUGAUGCAGAAUCCCACUGGAUGAUGUCAGGAAGCUCUGAAAGCAAUGUUCCCCAAAGUCAAGGGUUUGGAGAAGUUAAUGACCUUCACAGCAUGGUAGAAAGAUGGCAGGUAGACCCUGCUGUGGGGAAAUCAAGGCAGAACCCUUCCCAGAAAAGAGAUCUUGGUGCCAUCACAGACGUUAACUGUAAGCAGAACACAAGCACAAGUGGUGAGAGAGGUCACAAAUGUAACGAUUGUGGUAAAUUUUUCCUUCAAGCCUCAAACUUCAUUCAACAUCGGCGAAUCCACACUGGAGAAAAACCGUUUAAGUGUGGUGAAUGUGGGAAAAGCUACAAUCAGCGUGUGCACCUGACUCAGCAUCAGCGCGUCCACACUGGUGAGAAGCCGUACAAGUGUCAGGUGUGUGGAAAAGCCUUCCGUGUGAGCUCACACCUUGUCCAGCAUCACAGUGUGCACAGCGGAGAGAGACCCUACGGUUGUACUGAGUGUGGGAAAAACUUCGGCCGGCACUCCCAUCUGAUUGAGCACCUGAAGCGCCACUUCAGAGAGAAAUCCCAAAGAUGCAGUGACAAAAGGAGUAAGAAUACAAAAUUGAACGUUAAAAAAAUUUCAGAAUUUUCAGAAGCAGAUGUGGAACUGUCAGGAAGAAUCCAAAGAAAUGUUUCUCAAGUGCAAGAUUUUGGAGAAGGCCAUGAACACACAGGCAAGUUGGAUAGAAAGCAGGGAGUUCCCAUGAAAGAGAUACUAGGACAGCCCUCUUCAAAGAGGAUAAAUUUUAGUGAAGUCACGUAUGUGCACAAAAAACCACCCACAGGAGAGAGACCACAUAAAUGUAAUGAAUGUGGAAAAAGCUUUAUUCAGAGUGCACAUCUGAUUCAACAUCAGCGAAUACACACGGGGGAGAAGCCAUUUAGGUGUGAUGAAUGUGGGAAAAGCUAUAAUCAGCGUGUGCAUCUGACUCAGCAUCAGCGAGUCCACACUGGUGAGAAACCCUACACCUGUCAUUUAUGUGGGAAAGCAUUUAGAGUGAGGUCUCAUCUUGUUCAGCAUCAGAGUGUGCACAGCGGGGAGAGACCCUUUAAGUGUAAUGAAUGUGGCAAAGGCUUUGGGAGGCGUUCACACCUUGCUGGGCAUCUGAGACUCCACUCUAGAGAGAAAUCCCAUCAGUGCCAUGAAUGUGGAGAAAUCUUUUUUCAGUAUGUUAGCCUCAUUGAACAUCAGGUGCUCCACAUGGGUCAGAGAAAUGAAAAAAAUGGCAUUUGUGAGGAAGCAUAUAGUUGGAACUUGACAGUGAUUGAAGAUAAGAAGAUUGAGUUACAAGAGCAGCCUUAUAAGUGUGAUAUCUGUGGCAAAGCCUUUAGUUAUAGUUCAGACCUUAUUCAGCAUUACCGAACUCACACUGCAGAGAAAAGCUAUAAAUGUGAUAUAUGUAGAGAAAACAUUGGACAGUGUUCCCACACAAAACAUCAAAAAACCUACUCCAACGUGAAAUCCCAUCAAUGUCAUGAAUGCGGCAGAGGCUUUACUCUGAAGUCCCAUCUUAAUCAGCAUCAGAGAAUCCAUACCGGUGAGAAACCCUUUCAGUGUAAAGAGUGUGGAAUGAGUUUUGGUUGGAGUUGCAGCCUCUUUAAACACCUGAGAAGUCAUGAGAGGACAGAUCCCAUAAACACCUUAAGUGUCUAGAUGUUUCUGUUGAACAGCUCUUAUUCAAGUUUAGGGAAGCCUUCCUAAGAAAAACCCUACUCCUAUAUCAAAUGUAAUAACAACAACUUCAAGCAUUUUCUCCAGCGUAACCAUCAAACCUACAGAUAUGUUGAAAUCCUUCAGUUAGAACUUAAGGACACUGGAGAAUCCACAAUAAAUAAAUAGAGAUGUUUGCUUUCCUCAUCGAGAAAUGCUUUUGUUAGCAUCUUCAUGCUUAAGGAUCUAGACAAGAAAGGACCCAUGGAUAAUGGUGGAUGAAGGAAAGCCUUGAGAUGGCACUCAUUCUUUGGAUGAAUCUCAGAACAUUGACACUGAGAAAAGCCUCAUGAAUGCAGUAGAAAUAAGCUUUAUUUGUAGUUUCUGCCUUGUUUGACAGCUUCUUCAGGGAAGAGCACAGUGAAGGAUAGAAGUCUAAAGCAUGAUAGCUGUUUUGGUACCUCAGCAAUGAACCUUUUCUAGAAAUGAUGAUCCCAGCCACUAGAAUGCUCCAGCUGUUGUUUUCAUCUUGAGUAUUAAAGCUUUUGAAAAGAAAUCUA